CGAUUCCGAUGGAUCUGGGUUGGGCCCAUUUUGAGCCCUAGACUUCACUAGUCUCUUUCUUUCUUUCUAUCACUCCCUCUCGGACACUUACAUGACGGCGCAACAACAGAACAGGCCUUCCUUCCCUUUCUCUUAACCCUCCCUCCCUCCCUUUGUACCUCCAUUUUGCUUUCAUUACAAUCAGGUCAACUACAUACAUAGAUACCUAUAUAUGGUGAUGAUGGCUGACACAGAUCCUAAAUCACCCUGGAAGACCCCGUCUCCUUCUUCCACUCCGCCGCCGCUCGACGCUGCUGUUUCCGAUUCCCGUUCCUGGCCGGCCCUCUCUUCCUUAAAACCCGAUGAUGCACUUACUACUACUACUUCUCCUAAACCUCAACAAAAUCAGGUGUCCACUGAGGUGACAAAGACACACGGGCGUGGAAAUCAUAAUUUUUCCCCAAGGCAACCAUCACGCCAACAUAAGGCUGCAAAUAAACAUAACCCAAACACUGCACCGUCUUUUCACGGACCGUUACCGUUUCAUCAGCCACCAAUUCCGCCUGUUUAUGGCGGUAUGGCACCCUGGCCCGCUCAUAUUCCUAUCCAUGGAUAUGCUUACCCACCAGCCGUUGGAGCAUUUCCUCCAGCAAGUAGUACCGCUACAGCUCCCCCGAGAGGCAAUCCUAAUAGUUAUGGUGUCGAGUUUCCUAACAGAAGACCUAACAUGCAAGAAAAACCGUUAGGUCCAAAAGAGAACAACGACGUGCAUCCAAAUGCUGGGCCAAGAGCCUUCAUUAGGCCCCCCUUUUUUGCUCCGCCAGCUGGAUUUAUGGGUGCACCCGUUUUUCCUGGUAAUUGUGUGUUUGUAAGGUCCUCCGGGUUCUAUUGUCUAUCUUCCCGCUAUGCCUCCGUAUUCUGUUAGGGUCCCACAUCCACCAUUUGUCGUUCCACACCAGCCGGGUCCCACAGUUCCUAUGCUACCUGCACAGGCACAAGCCCUGAGAGUUAGUGUUAGAACCCAAAUUGAAUAUUAUUUCAGUGAUCAGAACCUGCUUAGUGAUCGAUACUUAAUUUCUUUGAUGGAUGACCAAGGAUGGGUCCCAAUAUCCACUAUUGCGGACUUCAAAAGGGUUAAAAGUAUGAGUACAGAUAUACUUCUUAUUGUGGAUGCCUUACAGAGCUCUAGUACUCUUGAAGUGCAGGGUGAGAAAGUGAGAAAGCGUGAAGAUUGGUCAAAGUGGAUUCCAGCUUCUGUUGGGAAUAACUCUUCUUUAUCUGAAGAGCGUUCGAUAAAACAAUCUGAAAAGACUAAGACGUUUGAUUCUUUCAAGAACGAUGCUUCUGGUGAAAAUCUGGAUAAAGUUUGUGAUGAUUUUGCAAGCACAUUCAUGUUUGAUGAAGAGCUUGAGCUUGAACAUAAGGAUCAGUGUUCUUCUAAAACAAGGGUGGAUGAUGAAGAUGAUGAAAUGGUUGUUAAUGAUCAAGCAGUUGAGAGACUCGUAAUUGUUACCCAGCAAAACAACAAGAAUGGACGAGGAACUAAAGGUUCCGGGGAGGAAACAAAGUCUUUUUCCAACGAGCUUGCUUCUGCCAUAAAUGAUGGUCUAUACUACUAUGAACAGGAGCUAAAAUCAAAACGAAAUAAAGGUAGAAGAAAUAAUACAACGAAUGAAAUAAAAGGUGGGACUUCCAAAUCUCCUAAGGUUGGUUCUUACAUAGCAAAUCAAAAGGCAGCAGGUGGUGGUGGUGACGUGGCGGGCAGUCCUAAUUCUAGUAGAAGGAAGCAAAAUAAAGGUUUUUUUAAACAACAAUCACUAAAGAACCAACGGUGGUUUUCUGGCAGUCUUAAAAAUAAUGGAAGCGAUCAAAUCAUAUCAGAAAGCCCACCAAGUAGUUCAGUCGGGUUUUUCUUUGGGUCAACACCCCCUGAUAAUCACGGAUUAAGGUCAUCAAAGCUUGGUGUAUCUCCACAUGGUGGCCUUACUGCCGGAAGUCCACCUGUCGGCUCCAUGCCAAAGCCGUUUCCGCCCUUCCAGCACCCUAGUCAUCAGCUUCUAGAAGAAAACGGUUUCAGGCAGCAAAAGUAUGUAAAAUAUCACAAGAGAUGCCUAAAUGAGCGGAAGAAAUGUGGUAUUGGAUGCAGUGAGGAAAUGAAUACUCUUUACAGAUUCUGGUCAUAUUUUCUUCGAGACUUGUUUGUUCCUUCAAUGUAUGAGGAAUUCAAGAAAGUCGCACUGGAAGAUGCAGCUCAUGGUUACAAUUAUGGGUUAGAAUGCCUUUUCAGAUUUUACAGCUACGGUUUGGAGAAAGAAUUCAAUGAAGAUGUAUACGCCGAUUUUGAACAGAUAACUCUGGAUUUCUACCAAAAGGGAAAUCUUUACGGUCUUGAAAAAUACUGGGCAUUUCAUCACUAUUCACAGUCGGAGCAUAAAAAGCUCCCAGAACUGGAAAGGCUACUGAAAGAAGAAUACAGGAGCUUGAAUGACUUUAGAGUCAACCGCUCCAAAACAAAAGGUAAAACCGAAAGCAAGUAAACAGGCGAGUGCUACAUUUCUUUACGAAGGAAGCGAGAUCAGGAAUUUCAAAUAGCGUAUAGAGAUAGGAGAGCGUUUAAUAGCGCUCUUGGCUAGAAGAGAUGUUGAAUGGUCAUUGUACAUAGCACACCAGUAUGUUGUUAGGGGUCUCACUUUGUACUGGUUGACCCUAGUUUGUUCUUCUGUGUUCCAUUUUUAUUUAUGGGAAUCAUCUUCUACACCAGAGACCAUUUUUGGGUCUGUAAAAUGCAGUUUUGUUUUUGUAUGUU